CUUUGCUAGAAAUAUUGUCUUGGAUGAAACCUUAAUGAUACCAUUACAUGAAAACCCAAAUUGAUAUUACAAGAAAAUCUGCAACCCCUAGCAGGCAAUCCAAGUGCAUGUGUAUAGAUAACAUUAUUAUUAAAACCAAGGCGUUUCGGGUGUGUAGAGAGACCAGGGGACACAUAGGCAUUUGAGUUUAGAGGUUGUCCAAAAAUAUAAUACUACCCAGCCGGAGCUGGAGCUUCUUAUCUCAUCAUGCCUAUCCUUUUCCUUGGCACUGGACGGAGAAGCAUCUUUCACACAUCAGGAUACAUGGAAUGGAACCUCAUUGGCCAAAGUGACUUGGAUUCGUUCGGCAUGCCUACAAAAGGCCCCACCAGUUGCUGCGCUGUGAAGCUCAUGGCAGCCCGGAGAGAAUCUUGUAUCUCCUUCAUCACCUCCCUCUCGACUUGGUGCCUCACCUCACGACAUAUCUAUAUCUACCAUACACGCCGACCUGCUUGCUCCUUGCUUGCUUGCUUGCAUCUCAGCACAAGCAAAGCUCUGGCCUGGUAAACAAACUGUAACUGUAAGAGAGGAAAGCUUCUCUCGGAGAGGCAGAGGGAGUACCUUCUUUGGGAGCGGAAUUCAGCGGCUGGAAACCAAGACAGAGAUUGGAGGUAGUCACACAAAGACUUGCAACUAGCAUUUUCCAAGAGAUGGACAGAGAGGAGAUGAAGAUGGUUAUCCUGAGGCAAGAACAAACAUUCAGACAACAGGUUCAUGAGAUGCACCGAGUUUACCAUGUUCAGAAACAGCUGAUGAGGGAGACGCAGAUAGCUGGGAAGAACCAGGCUCACGCUGAGACGAAACCUAAGCUCGAGAUCUGGCGGGACGACAAAGCCGCCAACCGUCAGCAACUCUAUAGCUUCUCAAACAACUGCACCCCUGCCUCUGCUGCAGAAAAAUGCGACCUUGAGCUCACUCUGGCAACCGGGAGCAGCAGAAGCCACAAGGGAAAGCAAGUCGGCAAGUCUUCAAACUCAGACUCCGGGAUGGCGGUGUCAUCAACAUCGACCGAAUCCGAUCUGGCUCAGUUCAAGGAGUUUGACGCAAGGGCGGUGAGGUUUCAGACUGAGAGCUGGAGGUUUACCGUUGCCGAUGAGACGAAUCAGUCUCCUCCUUGGCUGCACCAGCCUGCGAUCCUGAGGGUGGCACGGUGACCGCUUUAGCUAGGAUUUGGUGUCGUAGAUUUCAGAGAAUGAAGAAGAGAUGUUGUCACAUCAUAGAGCUAAUUUGCUUCAACAAUUUGCAAUAGACACGA